AUGUCAGAACAAGAAACAACUCUGAAGAGAAACGUUGAUGAAGCUGUCGCCGAAGGUGACGCUCCUGUUAUCAAAAAAUCUAAAGUAGAAGAAAAUCAAACAUCUGAUAACGGUAUAACAGAACAAUCUGUUGGUAUUACCUUGUAUCUAACCCAAGAUUUGCCCGGAUUUUCUGGACAAAUCAAGCAAAGAUAUACUGAUUUUUUGGUUAAUGAAAUUGACCAAUCUGGGAAUGUUAUUCACCUUACUGACAAAGGGUUUAAGAUGCCAAAGAAACCCCAGAUGUCUAAGGCCGAAAGAGAAGCUAAAGCUACAGAAGAUAUUGCACAUAGACAAAAUUUUGAAGUUAAUUCUGAAUUGAGACUCCAAUUAGUUGAAAUAUUUGGCGAGAGUGAUGUUCAAAAGAUUGAAGAGGUCUAUAAAAUGGCUACCACAAUGAAAAGUGAAAAAUCAUUUGAAGAUAAAUCAACAAGAACCAAGAUUCAUCAAUUACUACGUGCGGCAUUUAAUGACGAAUUAGAGUCAGUUACUACUGACCAAAAUAGUUUCAAGAUUGCAAGAAAUAAUAAAAACUCCAGAGUAAACAAACAAGUGAGAAAUGAUCAGACAAAAGAUGCCAACGGUGUCGAAAACUGGGGCUUUGGACCAACCAAAGAGUUUUUACAUUUUACUUUACAAAAGGAGAAUAAGGAUACCAUGGAUGCAGUCAACACCAUUUGUAAAUUAAUGAGAUUCCCAACUAAGGCCAUGAGAUUCGCUGGUACCAAAGAUAGAAGAGCAGUAACCUGUCAAAGAUUAUGCGUAUCUAAGAUCGGUGUCGACAGAUUGAAUGCAUUGAACAGAACUUUGAAGGGAAUGAUCAUUGGUGGAUUUAAAUUUGAAGAUUCAUCUUUGGGCCUUGGUGAUUUGAAUGGUAAUGAGUUUGUUAUUGCCAUAAGAGAUGUCGAUGUUCUUGAUCCAAACUCUAAAUUAGAACAUAUCCUACAAAAGGGUUGUGAGUCGCUAUCUUCUAAUGGAUUUAUCAAUUAUUUCGGUAUGCAAAGAUUUGGUACAUUUAGUAUUUCUACCCAUCAAGUCGGUAAAGAAAUUUUGUUAGAAAAUUGGGAAAAAGCUGUUGAAUUAAUUCUUUCAGAUCAGGAUAAUGUCUUACCAAAAUCUAAAGAGGCUAGGCAAUUGUGGGCAAGUACACAUGAUGCAGCAGCAGCUUUAAAACUAAUGCCAAGACAAUGUGUUGCAGAAAAUUCAAUUUUAUAUUGUUUGUCUAAUUUAAGAAAGGAGGAUGAUGGAACAUAUUCAGCACACUCUUAUUUGUCAGCUCUUAUGAAAGUCCCAAGAAAUCUAAGAACAAUGUACGUCCACGCUUAUCAAAGUUAUGUCUGGAAUGCUGUUACUAGUGAAAGAAUCAAACUAUAUGGACUUAAGGUGAUGCCAGGUGACCUGGUUAUUGACACUCCGGAAUCUCAUAAGGAAGAAGAAGAAGAAGAGUUGGAUGAUUUUGACGAAGAUUUAAAUACCCAAGAAUUUGUCAGAGCUAAACCAUUAUCGCAAGAAGAUAUUGACUCCGGGAAGUAUUCGAUGUCCGAUGUAGUGUUACCAAUGCCUGGAUUUGAUAUUGUUUACCCAUCAGAUUCAGCUCUGAAGCAAGUUUACGUUGAUAUAAUGAAGAAGGAUAACAUGGAUCCAUUUAAAAUGAGAAGAAAGGUUCGUGAUUUUUCUGUUGCAGGUUCGUAUAGAAAUGUAAUCCAAAAACCAACUGAAUUGGAGUACAAAAUUGUCCAUUACAAUGAACCAACACAGCAAUUAUUGAACACUGAUCUUGAAAUGUUAAAUAAUAAAAUUGGCAAAGAAAAUGGCCAGAAAUAUAUGAAAACCAAACUAGAGAGAUUUAUGCCAGAUAAUGGUGGUGAAAAAACAGCAGUUUUGAUAAAGAUGCAAUUAGGUACUUCUGCCUAUGCAACCAUGGCGCUACGUGAAUUGAUGAAAUUAGAAACUUCUCGUCGUGGUGAUAUGUGUGAUGUUAAGGUUUGA